GCCGCUCGCUCUCACGCGCCGUCUCAGCGUCCUCAGCCCCAGCAGCAGCCCCCGCAGUCGCUGGAGCGGCCGCGCCCGCCGCAGGGAGGGAGGAGCAUCUGGGGAGGCUCCAAGUUGGCGGAGCGACUAGGACCCCCGGACUCUUCAGCGGCCGCCCGGGAGGGGCUGAGAGGCGAGCAGGGGAGGGGGCGCCGCCUAGCCUCUAGUCCCGAGCCCCGAGCCCCGACCCCCUGCCCGCGGCCGCACCAUGCGCGCCGGGUCGGCGUGAUCGGCUCCGCCCGCAGCCUCCCCGCAGCCUAGCCCGGCGCUCUCGCCCGCCACACUGAGCGGCGCCCGGGAGCUAUGAGCCAUGAAGCCGCCCGGCAGCAGCUCCCUGCGGCCGCCCCUGGCGGGGUACAGCCUUUCCCGAGCCUCUCGCGGCCCCUCCGGCGGCCCCGCCGGCCCGGCGCCUAUCCGCGCCCUGGCCCGCGCGCCGCCCUGCCGCCUGCUCCUCGUCCUUCUUCUGCUGCCUCCUCUCGCCACCUCGUCCCGGCCCCGGGCCUGGGGGACUACUGCACCCAGCGCUCCGCAUUGGAAUGAAACUGCAGAAAAAAAUUUGGGAGUCCUGGCAGAUAAAGACAGCACAUUGCAACAGCAUAACAGCAGUAAUAUCAGUUACAGCAAUGCAAUGCAGAAAGAAAUCACAUUGCCUUCAAGACUCAUCUAUUACAUCAACCAAGACUCAGAAAGUCCUUAUCAUGUUCUGGACACAAAGACAAGACACCAGCAAAAACAUAACCAGGCUGUCCAUCUGGCCCAGGCAAGCUUCCAGAUUGAAGCCUUUGGCUCUAAAUUCAUUCUUGACCUCACACUGAACAAUGGUUUGCUGUCUUCUGAUUAUGUGGAGAUCCACUACGAAAAUGGGAAGCCACAGCACUCCAAGGGUGGAGAGCACUGUUACUACCACGGCAGCAUCAGAGGAGUCAAGGACUCGAGGGCUGCUCUGUCGACCUGCAAUGGACUUCAUGGUAUGUUUGAAGAUGAUACCUUUGUAUAUAUGAUAGAACCGCUGGAGCUGAUUCACGAUGAGAAAAGCACCGGUCGACCACAUAUAAUCCAAAAAACCUUGGCAGGACAAUAUUCUAAGCAAAUGAAGAAUCUCAGUAUGGAAAGCAGUGGCCAGUGGCCCUUUCUGUCUGAAUUGCAGUGGUUGAAAAGGAGAAGGAAGAGAGCCGUGAACCCAUCUCGUGGUGUGUUUGAAGAAAUGAAAUAUUUGGAACUUAUGAUUGUUAAUGAUCACAAAACGUAUAAGAAGUAUCGUUCUUCUCAUGCACACACCAAUAACUUUGCAAAGUCCGUGGUCAACCUUGUGGAUUCUAUUUACAAGGAGCAGCUCAAUACCAGGGUCGUCCUGGUAGCAGUAGAGACGUGGACUGAGAAGGAUCAUAUUGAGAUCACCACCAACCCUGUGCAGAUGCUCCAUGAGUUCUCCAAAUACCGGCAGCGUAUGAAACAGCACGCCGAUGCCGUGCACCUCAUCUCGCGUAUGACAUUCCACUAUAAGAGAAGCAGUCUGAGUUUCUUUGGAGGUGUCUGUUCUCGCACACGGGGAGUUGGUGUGAAUGAGUAUGGUCUUCCAAUGGCAGUGGCACAAGUAUUAUCGCAGAGCCUGGCUCAAAACCUUGGAAUCCAAUGGGAACCUUCUAGCAGAAAGCCAAAAUGUGACUGCACAGAAUCCUGGGGCGGCUGCAUCAUGGAGGAAACAGGGGUGUCUCAUUCCCGAAAGUUCUCAAAGUGCAGCAUUUUGGAAUAUAGAGACUUUUUACAGAGAGGAGGUGGAGCCUGUCUUUUCAACAGGCCAACAAAGCUAUUUGAGCCCACGGAAUGUGGAAAUGGAUAUGUGGAGGCUGGAGAGGAAUGUGACUGUGGUUUACACGUGGAGUGCUAUGGACUGUGCUGUAAGAAGUGCUCUCUCUCCAACGGGGCCCACUGCAGCGACGGCCCGUGCUGUAACAAUACCUCAUGUCUCUUUCAGCCACGAGGGUAUGAAUGUCGGGAUGCUGUCAACGGGUGUGAUAUUACUGAAUAUUGUACUGGAGACUCUGGCCAGUGCCCACCAAACCUUCAUAAGCAAGAUGGAUAUGCAUGCAAUCAAAAUCAGGGCCGCUGUUACAAUGGGGAAUGCAAGACCCGGGACAACCAGUGCCAGCAUGUCUGGGGGACAAAGGCUUCCGGGUCUGACAAGUUCUGUUAUGAGAAGCUGAACACAGAAGGCACUGAGAAGGGGAACUGUGGGAGGGACGGAGACCGCUGGAUCCAGUGCAGCAAACAUGAUGUGUUCUGUGGGUUUUUACUCUGUACCAAUCUUACUCGAGCUCCGCGUAUUGGUCAGCUUCAGGGUGAGAUCAUCCCAACUUCCUUCUACCAUCAAGGCCGAGUGAUUGACUGCAGUGGUGCCCAUGUGAUUUUAGAUGAUGAUACAGAUGUGGGCUAUGUAGAAGAUGGAACGCCAUGUGGUCCAUCCAUGAUGUGCUUAGAUCGGAAGUGCCUACAGAUUCAGGCCCUAAAUAUGAGUAGCUGCCCACUCGAUUCCAAGGGUAAAGUCUGUUCAGGCCAUGGGGUGUGCAGUAACGAAGCCACCUGCAUCUGUGAUUUCACCUGGGCAGGGACAGACUGCAGCAUCCGGGAUCCAGUCAGGAACCUUCACCCUCCCAAGGAUGAAGGACCCAAGGUGAACAUGGCCACAAGCAGGCUGAUAGGUGCUGUGGCGGGCACCAUUCUGGCCCUGGGGGUGAUUUUUGGAGGCACAGGGUGGGGAAUAGAAAAUGUCAAGAAGAGGAGAUUCGAUCCCACCCAGCAGGGCCCCAUCUGAGUCCGCAGCGGCAGCGGGUGAGCGGUGCCUCGCACCGUUGGAUUCUGGGUGCGACAGACCCGCUGCACCGUUGCCGGAGCUGUUCCAUCUGUAAGCAAGACCACUGGGUGGUAACGACCACAGCACUGAAGUUGGGGGACAGGGAUGGGGGAACAGGAAACUGUCCUUUGGGGAAAUCAUUUCAAAGAACCCCUCUUACCACCUGUCAAGAAAAGGGGAUCAAAGACAAUGUUAUAAAAAGAACUAUUUCAGAAUCUUGUUUUUUUCUAACUGAAGGAAGAAGGAACAAUAACGGAAAAUUAAGUGCAAUAAAAGAACCAUUAAAAAAUAGCAAAAGAUUUUUUUUUUUUUCUUUCCUCAGCCUGCUGGCACUUACUACCUUCUAAAUGAUUUGGCAUGAUUUUUUUUUCUUUUCCUACCAAUGACACACUCCAGUGGCAUGAAGAUCUAAUUUUCGAAAGGGUAAAAUCCGCAUGGCCUAUCUACAACAAGCAGCUAGCAAGCCAUCCACAGCAAAACCUGCAGCUGAAUUCCCGAGGUGAACCGGCCGGGGAACAGGGGGGUGCUGUCCGGCCCUCACCCCCUUGUCUAGGCCAGCCACGAGAGACCCCACGGACCCCUGCUCAUGUUGAGUCCUUUUCCCCGUGUGCUCGCCUGGACCAAGCAUCCUUUGGAAAUGGGAGCUGGAAUUUGAACAAUGAUGCUAUUGUAUAGUUCUUUUAUAAAUGUAAAUAUGGAAAUAAGAGAUUUUGACAUCAUUUUCACUUGUCUGUACUGGAAUAUUUUUCUUGUAAAAGUUCUCUGUAGAUUGGAGUUUAUUGUUUGCUCCCCAUCUUUUGGGUUCUUUUCGCUGUUUUCUCUCUCUCUUCUCUGGUAACGUGUUGUUCAGUGAUUUGGGGGCUUGCUUCAAAAAAGACAGAUGUAGCCACCGAUGCAGGGAGUUUGGGCACAAAGCAGGUGCAAGUGAACAAGGAAAUGCGUGAACAAAAUGAAAUGCUUGAAACCAAAAAUAAGCAAAAGCGGGGCGGGGGGGGUGACACAAACAACUAAAUAACCCAUACUAAAGACACAAAAAUUAUAUAAAUGCAACUAUAUGUACUGACAAGUCUAACAUUUUGUGACGUCAUUAUACAUGUAUGUAUAUAAUGUAAGAAAGUAGACACCCUCUCAAAGGAAUCACAAAAGUGCCAAGCUCAUGAUUUGCAUUUUUGGUUUUGACAGUUUUCUUUCCCUGUCUUUAAUGUGAAAGGAGGAUGAACUUAAAGCCUUAAAUUAAAAAAUAACUUUUCAAUGUUAAAAAACUGGGGGGGAAAGUUACACUUUCCAUUUCGUUCACAGCUGUUAUUGUCCAUAUCUCAUCCAUGCUUCCUCUCCCCGCCUCGAAAGACGUGGUAGAACCCCGCUGGCAAGCUGGUAACGGACACACAGCAGGGGCUGCCUUCUUGUGAGUGUUGCUAUCGUGGGCUUUACGUCUGUGUGGUGUGUUUUCAGAUAAAUCUUGUCAGGAGCCCGUAGUGUGUUACCGGUCUGUGGAAUGUUCUGGAUUGCGAUGGGAUUCUGCUGUUCACAAAUUUGUUCAUCUUCUUUGGCCUUCAGGCAGAUGUGCCGAUGUAAUCUGGGUUCCCAAGUCCCUCUUGAGUUUCCUUCACUGACACCACUUUCUUCCAUGUAGGGUCAAGAUAGUGUCCGUUCAAGGGCAUAGUAUAUACAGUGAAUAAAGAAAUCUGGUCCUGACUUGGUUUUGAAUGUAGAAACUUGUACGUGAGUCCUUCACUCAGCACCCACUUAGACACUUGCAGAUGAGCUUUCCUGAAGCAUCCCCAGCCCAAGAGCCUGCACUUCUCUCACGCCCUCUUUUCAGGAACAGGACACCCCAUCGUCUCUUCGUUUCAUGACAACCGAAUGAAUUGCUAGAUUUGGCUUUCAGUCCCUUUUCAGCAAGAUUCAUGACACCAGUCUCACAAUUUUUGCUUCGAUUUUGGAAAGGAUAACGUGCUAAAAAUGUACUGCUUAAAACUGUGAGGUUUUUUUCCCCCGGUAUAUUGAAUUGUGGCCAUAUCACAGUCUCAGAGCAGAAACCUUACUUUCAGUAUGCUCCAGGAGAUCAAUACCUAACCUCAAUCCUGUUACUGCUUUCUGAGUAAUAGGUGCUACCCAGGUCAGCAGUCUUUCUCUAGAACUAGCUGUACAUUUGUGUCCUAACAACAGGGCUGUCUCCAAGGUUUAUCAGCCUUAUCCUCAGCUUCAUGAGACACGGGCUGUAUCCCUCCACCUAGUGGCGAUGGCUCUUUCAGUCCAGAGAAAACUCAGAUUACUUGGCAUCUCUUCCUGUCACCGUAUUGUUUAUGUCUUUGUUGCUGGAUCCUACUUGCUGGUGGAAUCCAUCUGUUACUGACUACACCACGCACAUUUCACUGCUCUUUGGGAGGCACCACAUGUGACUUCACAGAACCAAACCAUAGUGGUUACAAAACAAGUUAAAUCUCUAUUAUUAACUUUUGAGCAUUUCACAGACAACAUUGUAAGUGUGCGAUGUUACGUUUUAAAUCAGACCACAGUGGUCCCCAAAUAUUAUGUACAUAAUGGCAAAUGUCAGUGUAACUUUUUGUUACACUGGCAGUUUCAUAGGUAACCACACCUAUGUUCCAAUGUUCAAUUAUCUGUGUGUAUAUGUAAAAUACACAAGCUUUAAGCUACCUGUGUAUGAAGAUGAAAGAUAAUGCAACCAUACCAACCGUAAACAAUGGAUUAUACUUACUUUGGGUGGUAUUCGGUUAUGUCGUUCCAAACUCUUUGCUGUUUUUUCUCUUGCACAUGCCAUUCAUUUGCUGAUUUUUGUGGUAAGAAUAGUUCUUUUUAUUAAUUUGAGCUCAAAAUCCAAAUGUGUCACUGUCUUACUGUUACCCAACAAGAGUUAGUGUUCAGUGAUGACAAGUUCCCGUUUCAUCUGCUCUUCUUUGCCGCAUUAAUUAACGACACCUGGAUGAGGAGGUGUGCGCUAACUUCAUUGCUCACCUGGGAUCCUGCAUGAGCCCACUGAAUUAGUGCUACUCCUAUUAGAUAAAUGAGCAGUACCCAUAGGUGCAUGUUAUGAAACAUGAAUCACAUAGAGCUGUGGAGUUUUACCAAGUAGUAUGUUUUUUGUUUUCAUUUUUGUUUCCACUAUGCAAAGAUGGGAAAUGCACAAACUUCUCAAAGACUCCAGUGUCUGAAGAACUUUACAAAUAAUACUUGAACCUUUCUUUAAAGUCAUCCCAUCAUAUUUUAUAGUCAUGGUUGCUUCCAUUGUUAACUUUUGUUUUUAAAUGGUUUGUAAUUUUUUAAGUGUACAACCUGAAGUUUUGUUUGAAGUUAAUAAAUUCAUUCAUAAUCU